CCCAAAAUUGUAGCUGGUAGCUAAGAUUUUUUGUCCGUUCCCAAUAGUAGCAACAAGAGUCAGGAUGCCACUGCUUCGUAGAAAGCUUUUUGAAAAAGUAUCCGGAACAGAACGCUUACGAGAUAGUGAUGAAGUCUUUUACUGCGAGACAACGAACGAAAUAUUUAGUAAUUAUGAGGAUUACUUUCAUCGAGUUUUGCUCAUCUCGUCCAUCGUAUGGAGUUGUUCAGUAACAGGGAAGCCGAAUUUGACUUAUGCGGAAGCAUUAGAGUCUGAAAAACAAGCUCGAAAAAUAUUGAAAAAGUUCCCGCACGCAAUCAAGGGUCCGUUUCUACUGAUAGCUUCUUAUACAAAACGUUGCUCGUUGAAUGCUCAACUUGAUGACGUUUUUGGCUUCAUUAAAGAUCGUUACUUUAAAGGAGAAAAAUUAGACGCAGUUGAUCCUAAUAAAAAUGUAUAUCGCUGUGCGACCGUACUGGAAGUGAUUGCAUCUGGGAACAAAACUAGCCCAACCAAAAUAGAAAAAAUUAAGUAUCGCGUACAAUCGGACGAUGGGAGUAAACCAAAAGAGUGGAUAGUUAACCCUGACAAUCUAAAACGUGAUCGUUUCUCUACAACGCGUGACAAGUGUAAACUUUUUCUAAAGCAGCAUGUAGAACAAGUAGAUGGUGUACUAAAAAUUAAGGAAGCUUCCAUCAAAAAGUUUGUCACUGACGAAGGCAUCACUGCCGAUCACAUAUUUUUCGGUAAACCUCCAGAUUUUGAACAAUCUAAACGGCUGAAAAAUGCAGAAGAAAGGAAACAGCGUCAGGAGCAAGAAAAGAAAAACGACUCUCCCAAAAUCAAGCAGCGAAAAAAGAAAAAAGAAAACGAAAGCGGAAGAAAGGAUGGAAAGCAACAAAGUAUUUCCAAGUACUUGAACAAAUCUGGAGAAUCGCCCAGCCAUGCCUCCGAACUCACAGACAAUAAAAAAGACGACAAAAACCUUAAAGAAGAAAUGGAACGCAUGCGAAAGGAGAAAGCAGAAAAGGAAGCUUUAGAAAAAAAACGGCUUGAGGAACAAAAGGCCAUUUUAGCAGAGCAGGUUACAAUUGCUAUGAAAAAAUAUAACCGCAUUCAAGAAGAUCUAGAGUUGUCUGAUCAACGUGUGAUUCCAACUCCGCAGCGAGUCAGCACUAUUAUAGGAGAAGAGCAUUUUAGUGAUUUCAUGUUUAUUUUGGAAUUUAUGACAUCUUUUGCAGAAUUACUUUCGAUUAAAGAUAAAUUUUCAAACGGACUCACAAUGGAAUUGCUUGAAAGAGCAUUAAUACUAAAGGAAGUAAACGGUCCUCUCAGUGAUGUACUGCAGGUAUUAUUGAGCACAAUCUUCUCCCUUCAAAUUGAAGAAGAGAAUGAAGUUCCCGUUAAAUAUGACCCAAAAGCAGAUUGUGUGAACCGUAAGAAUGGCAUGAUGACUCUUAAAAAAGCAACGGAAGCUGCUAUUUGGUGUGAAUCUCAUUACUGUACUAAACUUAAUGAAUUACCAAUGGAUUCCACCACAAUAUCGGAGCUACUUCGUCUUCACAUUCUAGCUUCUGGUGCUCUUAUUGAGGAAAAAGGGGCAAAAUGGCGUUAUUCAAUGCGAGGAGGGUAUCAAAGCUAUGAUGAUCCUGGUUUGCAACUGGUGCAAAUACACCAUCAUAUAUUAUCAGCUCUGAAUUCAUAUACGGUGUUUCAUUUGCCAGUUGGUGAUAUUUUGAAAAUUUUGAAAUGUCUCAUCGAACAGAUCAUGACAUACAGCAGCGUUAGAGAACUCAUAGAGGAACGGAUUGAAAAAGCUCGAAUCGCAAAACAGCAAUAUGCUACGGCAAAUGCUGCAAAACGGAAGCGCGAAGCGAGUAACUCUUCUAAAAAGUGGGAUAUGAAGAACGAGAUUAAGAAAAAGGUUAUGGCUCACGAAGGAACCUCGGAAGAAAAGGCAAAUUUACGUAAGGAACUGGAAGAAAAAAUGGCCCAAGACGUAGUCAAAAUGGAUGCUGAAGUAGAACGUGACAUCAAAAUUUUACAAAGAGACAUUGAUAAAUGUAAAGAAAGUUUUUUUGAUUAUCAAAUUUAUCUAGGAUCUGAUCGCGCACAUCGCAGCUAUUGGUUAUUCGAAUCUCUUCCGGGACUGUUCGUUGAACAUGAUCAUACAUUUAGUGGUAAGUGUCUUGAUGUACCUACGCCACAUAUUCCGGGUUUAGCUACAUGUCCAGCGGAUCAACGAAAAAAAUUUAUCACACAAACAAUUAUGAAUAACAAAUUGAGUCAAAAUGAUAAAGAAAACCAAGUAGCAGUUGAAGAACUUGUUAUUGAAAAACUAAUGCUAAACGGCAGUGCUAAGCUAAAAGGUUUAAAUGAUCAUAAUAAGUCCACGACUAUGAACGGUGUUAUCGACGACGCAUCUGUAUCUGUUAAAAAAGAACCAGUACCCCCGACUAUUGCCGAGCUGAUGAUGUGUACAGCCAAUUCGAAGGCGUGCCCUGUUCAUACCUAUAACUAUCCAGGUUCUAUGCGCUGGGGUUUUUAUCACACAGAAGAAGAGCUGAAUGAAUUAAUCGAAAGCCUUAAUUCACAUGGGUUACGAGAAAAGGUUCUUCGGGAAAAUUUGGAAAACGAAAAAGAAUUAAUUCUGUCUCAUAUAAAAGACUGCCCUAUCGAAAAGGUCACUGCCACGUCAACUCAGCGUGAUGAGGUGAUGGCUAGAAAUAUUGUAAUGUACAGUAAAAAGUAUGAUUCACCAAAUUUCAAUCAUGAAUCAGGAACAGAUGCGAAUGUAAUUUUCGAAACAUCGUUACGGGAAAAUUUAUUGGAACUGGAAUCAAGGAUUACAAUAGGUUAUUUAGGUUCCAUGAAAGUUAGUGAUCGUGAUGAGUGGCGUGAAGCUAUCGAACAUUUUGAAUAUAAACAACUUUCCGAACCUCUAGUUUGGGGCUCGAACCGUGUGAUGGCCAUUAAAGAAAAAAAAGAAGAUCAAGAAGAAACCGACGAAGGAAUGGAGGAUGGUGAUUCAGAUGACGAUAAUGAAAAUAAAUCGAUUACACAUUGCAAAGAUCCUGGAUAUGACCUAGAUAGUAAUACGAUGCUUGAGUCGAAAAAUGCAGACGAUGAAGCUAUUUCGCUUCAUGAUCCAACUCUUUGGCAUGAAAAGGUACAUUCACUGGCUAAAGCGUUGUUACAAAUUGAACAAUGUAUAGAUUGCAAAUUUUUUCGCUAUCCUUUCGGCAUUGAAAAACAAACAAAGGAUAAAGCAACAAUGACAAAAAAGUUAAUACAAGGGCAAAAAAAUUUAGCCCGUUGGGAAGCAACAUUAAUGAGAGCAACAAGUUUUUCUCAAAUUUUUCUAUACUACAAUGUUCUAUAUGACGCCAUUCAGUGGUCACGAUCGGCGGAGCGUAUAGCUUGUAUGAUUUGCAGGCGAAAGGGUGACCCAGAUAUGACCCUGCUAUGCGAUGAAUGCAAUCGUGCUUGUCAUAUGUAUUGUUUAAAGCCCAAACUUAAGCAAGUUCCGGAAGGGGAUUGGUUCUGUCCAAAGUGCCGACCUGAAGAUUACGCCAAAAAGAAGCAAACAAAGAAACGAAAAGUUUUUGUCGAAGAGGAACAAAUUGAGGAGGAUCAAGAAAAUGAAGAAGUACUAGAUGCAACUGUUGACAAAGAGGAAGUGGAAGAGGAAUGCUUAAGUGAAAACGAACAAAUGAUCUGUAAUAAAUGUAAAGAUGGAGGGGCCUCAGCGAUAUGUAAUACAUGUAGUAAAGCUUAUCAUCCGGAAUGCACUAAAUCUAUGAGUAAUACUCCAAAAAAAAAGUGGAAUUGUGACAAAUGCUGCAAAAAAAUGGAUAAAAAACCUUCAAAAAAGAAAACUAAAAAUAGUAAAAAAGCUAAAAGGAAGGUUUCGGUACGUUUAGCUGCUAGCCAUGUACAAGAAGACAGUUUCGAAAAUGAUUAUGAUGAUGACGUUGAAUCUGGUGAUGGUGAUAACGCCAAUCAAUGCUUUGAUGUAGAACCUAUGGACUAUGAAGAACAGAACCAGAUUAGUAGUACUUCAAAAAAGCGAUCAGUCCAAUGUAAAACAAUGGAAGACGUUGCGAGCAGCAGCGACGAUGAACCACUUAUUUCUAUGACUAGAUCAAAACGAAAUUCUGCUAAGAAACGUUCCUUGCCCAAUGAGUAUGGUGAAGAUGAGUUAGAUGAUGAGCUAUUACCACCACAUAGUAAAUCGCGUCGAUGCACACUAAAUAUCAGUGAUGUUGAUUUGGACUCUUCUAGUGGUCGUCGUGGUCGUCGUACUGGCGAUGAUUUACCAUUGAACAAUGUUGCUCUUUACACAUUGCUAGAAGAUAUUUUGAAGCACCCGGAUUCAUGGCCAUUUAAUAGGCCAGUAUCAGUUAAGGAGGUCCCUGACUAUUAUUCAAUUAUAAAAAAUCCUAUGGAUUUUGCAAAGAUUAAAUCGAAGUUAAACAUGGGUGAAUACAGAAUUAAUGAACAAAUGAUGAAUGAUGUUCAAUUGGUUUUCCGUAAUUGCGAUCUGUAUAAUACAGAUGAUACCGAAAUUUAUCAGGUCGGUCGGAGUUUAGAACGUUACGUUUUACAGCGCACAACGGAACUGUCAUUGCCAUUCAAGGCCAGUGACAUGCUCAAAAACGAAAAUUCCUUGAAAAAUGGCAAGUUAUUAAUCAAUGGCGAUUCACCUGACAUCUUCAAAAAUGGAUCUGCUAAAAGAAGAUCGAAUAAAAAGUAAACCUAUCCCUUUACUUAAUGAGACAUAUGCAGUCUCAGGCUAUGUUGGUAGUAUUUAUAAAUAUAUUAGCAUUCAAACAUAUUUCUCUAACAAAAAUUUACGAUCAAUAAUCAAAUAAACGUUUAGCGCUAAGGUAAAAACUUUUGUCCCACAGUCCGCGCAUCAAUUGUGUUGUAAUUUCUAAUUAGGUUGUAAUACUUACUAUUUAGUUUAAUAUACUUAGCUGCGAUGAAAUGCUUUUAAAUAUAUUGAGCAAUGCAAUGGAUCAAACCGAGAGCGGGUCUCGAUAUCACGUUCAAAUGUAAUGAUUUUAUGUCUCCAUUGUAUAGAAUUAUUUUAUUUAUAAAACAAUAUAAUACUUAUGUUAAAG